UUGCUGCGGGAGCUCAAGCAUCCAAAUGUCAUUUCUCUGCAAAAGGUGUUUCUUUCUCAUGCCGACAGGAAAGUGUGGCUUCUCUUUGACUACGCUGAGCAUGACCUCUGGCAUAUAAUCAAGUUUCACAGGGCUUCUAAAGCAAACAAGAAACCAGUUCAGUUACCUCGGGGAAUGGUGAAGUCACUGUUAUAUCAGAUCCUAGAUGGUAUUCACUACCUGCAUGCUAACUGGGUGUUACACAGGGAUUUGAAACCUGCUAAUAUUUUAGUUAUGGGUGAAGGUCCUGAGCGAGGAAGAGUAAAAAUUGCUGACAUGGGCUUUGCCCGACUAUUUAAUUCACCUCUGAAGCCUUUAGCAGACUUGGAUCCUGUAGUUGUAACGUUCUGGUAUCGAGCUCCAGAGUUGCUUCUUGGAGCAAGGCAUUAUACCAAAGCUAUUGAUAUUUGGGCCAUAGGGUGUAUAUUUGCAGAGCUGCUGACAUCAGAGCCAAUAUUCCAUUGUCGACAAGAAGAUAUCAAAACUAGUAAUCCUUAUCACCAUGACCAGCUGGACAGAAUAUUCAAUGUAAUGGGAUUUCCUGCAGAUAAAGAUUGGGAAGACAUAAAAAAGAUGCCCGAACAUUCAACUUUAAUGAAAGAUUUCCGAAGAAAUACGUAUACCAACUGCAGCCUUAUCAAAUAUAUGGAAAAACAUAAAGUUAAACCAGAUAGUAAGGCAUUCCACUUGCUUCAGAAGUUACUCACUAUGGAUCCAAUAAAGAGAAUUACCUCAGAACAGGCUAUGCAGGAUCCCUAUUUCUUAGAAGAUCCUCUUCCCACAUCCGAUGUUUUUGCAGGUUGUCAAAUCCCUUACCCAAAACGAGAAUUUUUAACAGAAGAAGAACCAGAUGAUAAAGGAGACAAAAACCAGCAGCAGCAGCAGGGCAAUAACCAUACUAAUGGAACUGGUCAUCCAGGGAACCAGGACAACAGUCAUGCACAGGGACCCCCACUGAAGAAAGUGAGAGUUGUUCCUCCUACCACUACCUCAGGUGGACUUAUUAUGACCUCAGACUAUCAGCGUUCCAACCCCCAUGCUGCCUACCCCAACCCCGGACCAAGCACAUCCCAGCCACAGAGCAGCAUGGGGUAUUCAACUACCUCCCAGCAGCCGCCACAGUACUCGCAUCAGACACACCGGUACUGA